AUGGCAACUGAAACAGGUGAUGAUGAUGGUGGAAUAUACUUUCACUCUACCCAAAUACAAUCAAUUCAUGAGUCAUUAGAACAAGAGAAAAGCCAACGUCUAUAUUUACAAGCAUCCAUAAAAAAACUAGAAAGUUUCAAACACGUCAGUGACGAAUCUUUAAAUAAUUUAAAUCCAAGUCCAGUAUCAGUGGUUCAAAUUAAGAAAAAGGCAGCAACAAGAAAACGGAAACUAUCGGCUCGUAAACCAAAUUUGAAAAAACCAAAGUCCCUGAGUGAAGUUGUUAGACAGGCGUUUGAAAAAGACAAAUUUGCUUAUUUUACCAAUAAUCAAGCCCGAAUUGACGAAUUCCUAACGAACGGAUCAGUAUCGACAGAAAACAGUACAAGUAACCAAGGAUCACUUAUCAGUCUGGACGAAUGGAAUUACAUCAAACAGACCUAUCUCCAACAACAAGGCGAAAGUAAAACCACUUUGAAAGGUAUAAGAAACAAAAUAAAGCAAAGCAAAAAUAGUGGUAUCGGAAUGUGGGAAAUAACGGCAUCGAAUCCAGAUAUUUCGUUAAAUGAUGAGGAUAUUCAAUAUUUACAUGAUUUGGACGAACAACAGAUGAUGUCUGAUGGAAAUUCAUUUACAGAUGAUGACAUCGACCCAACUCAGGACGACGGGUUGGUACUAACCCUAUCACAAAAUUGUUCCAGUCAACACGACAUAUGCCAUCACGAAAAAGAUCAUCAGGAGCACAUUCUAAUAAAUUCUUCGAUUGGUGAAGCUGUUCAGCACGACAGAAAUCUUGAAAGUCGUAGCCAAAAAUAUUCGGAUAAUGGUAACACUAUCCCAGAUCAAAACUCGGCAAUACGAACUGGUGAAAUGGAAUCAACUGAUGCCCAUGAAGUGCAAGAAAUAUUCAGUACGCCGUCUUAUGUCCCUUCUAAUCAAUUGAAUACAGAUAAAGAUAGCUCUCAAGAAUCAGGUUCCUCGAUAAUAAUGUUAGCAGAAAAUAUUGUAUCAACUCAGCCUGAUGUCAUCGAGUCUAUACUGGAUUCUGAGUCUGAAAUUGAAAUCAUUGAAAAACCACGUUUACAGGUAUUACAAUCGGUUUAUGAAAAUGAUAUAUCUACAAAUCAAACCAGGCAUGAGCUGGCAAUUCUUAAGUAUCUGGAAAAUAGCAAACAAUCAGAGCAUCAAGAUUAUGAGUCAGAAGUAGUGGAAAGUGAUUCGACACCAAUAAUAACCCCUAAUGUAACACCUAAAAAGAAAGCCCACAUUUCUCCCGUUAAUGAAACUCAUGGAAUAAUGAACGAGUCACCCGUACCAUUAGCAUCACGAAACACACCAGAUAGAAUUACCAAUAUUGUAGGCAGAAUACCUAGCAGUCCUUCACCAAUAAAAUUGGUACUAGAAAGCCCCCUUAAAAAGCAGAGGAAGAUCGAGUUUUCUGAUACUGAAUCCAUUUAUUCGACAGCUGUGUCCCAGUUUGGUACACCAAAACAAACAACGUCUUCUCCAGUUGAGGUUUUAACUCUGAAGGUUGGAUCCCCACAAUUAGGCAUUUGUAGUGAUUCCGAGACUAUAAGUGUGGUUUCAUCUAUGGCCCAUAAGAAAUCUCAUGCAGCUAAGAAAUUAAGAACCACAACUUUAGAAGUAUCUGCUGCCUUAAGAGUGAAGACUUACACUGAUCCUGAAAACAACAUAACUGUGAAAAAGUUGGGUGAAGAAAAGAAGAGAGAAUUCAUUGAUCUAGAUAAUGAGAUUCCCGAUUCAGAGAAUCUGGAUGACGAUACUGGCUUCAGCAUAAUUGAGAUCACGAGACAAGUAGUAGAACGUAAAGAACAUAAUAAUGACGAUUACUCCGAAGAACAGAGCACAGAUUUGUUUCAAAUUGGCUUGAAAGAUAAGCGGGAUAUUGCCAAUACUUCCCACUUGCAGGUACCUUCAAGUCUUGUAAUGCAAUUAGGAAAUACUGGUAACACUUUUUUGGACUCUUCUUUGGUGGAGGAGGAUGAUGAAAUUGCAAAGCUUACGGCGACCGAAUUGCGAGAGAGGUUCAAGGAUUGGGGAUUAAAACCAGUACAAGGAAAAGAUAAAAUGCUUGAAAUACUACAAGGAAUAUCUGACUUUAUAUCUCCAGAAUCCUUGUUGGCAUUAAAAGGAGAUGAUUUACAACAACGUGUAUUUGACAAACUUGAGUUACUAAUAAAACAGGAUCAAUUUUGGUAUGAUAGAAUAUUGACAUUUGAACCCAUCAGACUAGAGGAAAUGAGGCAGUGGUUAAAUUCUCAUAAUCAUUAUCUCGAGUUAGACAUGUUGCGUUUAUAUUGUGACAGGAACUGUAUUACCACAACCAAUACAUAA